CAAAGACCCGACCAACGUCGGCUUCUACAUCCAUGUCCUCGCGCUCUCGUCUCUAAGCACGUCACAUGGGCCAGAAAUGUAUGGGUACAUUGAUAUCUACCUGAACGUUCAUAAAGCAACAGACCAGUGCCGGGAUUUAUCAUCCAAGGACUUGAAGGGUUGACGCACGAUGGCGGCGGUGUUUCACUGGGUACUGUAAGCACGGUCCGCUGGGCUAUCACGAAGUACCAUGUCGAUGCAUCUCGGGUGGUUGUGACGGGCUUGUCAAGUAGUGGGAUGAUGACGAAUCUGCUAUUGGGGUACAUCCGAAUACGUUCGCUGCAAGAAGUGGCCUUUGGGGGUGAACCGUUUGGCUGUCAUGCUUAUCCGGAAAAUAGCUCAGGGGUAUAUGGCUGGCAAAGUGAUGAUUGUGCCAAGGGACAGGUUAUGCAUACGAGCGCGGAGUGCAAGGCCAUUGUCGAUGCAGCGUAGCCCGGCUACUGCGGUGGAGUUCCAGACACUCCUUGGAAUGGUGGAUGAGACGGUGCAUUAUGGCCAAGUCCUGGGAGGAGGUGCAUCAGGGAGCUGAUGUAUUGUGAUUGAGCAAGCCACCAACCCAGGCUACAUCCAACACGCUUGCUAAUGGGUAGACAGAGCAAGUACCGGUUGGGGAGGCAGCAGAGUUGGGGAGGAACAGACAGGAAACAUGAACCCCUUCCCCAACAAGUAUAGGGCUUGGAUGCUGUAUACCUGUAUUUCCUUCUUCUCAUUCAAGCAAAAAGCUCUCUACACCAUGGAUAGUCUGCAGCUGGCCUCCUGCAACAGGAAUGCAAGAGCCUAGCAGGAAA